AAGGUUGGUUUGCUUAGCUUCUAAACUUCAAAUUCCACAUGUUUUUCUGAGGUUGCCAUCAUUGAAUAUUAUACUGCUAGGAAAAUAGUAGCAAAUGAAUAGGGACACUCACUCAUCUCCAGUACUCCACAUUAAUUCUCUUAUAUUCUUUUGUCUCAGCCUUUCUCUGCUGUGUCCAUUAAUUCCCCUCAGUCUUUCUGUGUUCCUAACUACACCGACCAUGUGUUAGUGCUCAUGCGCAAAUAUGCUAAGCAGAAAAUAUAUAUAGUCUUGAGAAAGAACUAAGUUAAACGUAGCUAGCCAUUCAAGAAGUCCUUUUUUCUUUUGAUAUCCGAAUCAUUUUUCUAGAUUUGGCCAUGGAUUCUACGAAUCUUCAUAAUCAUCGUCAACUCCAACAGCAACAACAGCUUUCUGGGUAUCCCUUUUUCGCUGGAGUUUCAACUUUACAUGAUUGGAACUCAACCAUGACCUCGGAAGAAGAAUAUUACUACAAGGGACACAUGAAAAGAAGCAUCGGCACAUUUCCGUUAAUGAACACCUCAAUGUUCCAGGAUGGGCAUCAAUUAUCCAACGUUCAGCUGGAUUACAAAAAUAACAAGGCCGGAUGCAUAAUAUCAAAUGAUUAUUUCCUCAAGAUGAAAGAUAUGAAUGGUUUAAGCAACAACUUGUUCAAAGAGAGUUACUUUGGAAACGAACAACAACAUGCGUUUGAUCUGAAUGAGAAUCUUCUGUCCGAAGAUUCGUAUAUGAACAAUGCUAAAACUAGCAUUGCUUUUUCCGGUUUAGCAGCUGCUGCUGAUGCAACUAAUUCGAGUUAUAUCUCAAGCAACGAUAUGGAACAUACAGAUUUCCAGGGGUUGAAGUUAGCAUAUGAUGGCCUAACUUUCAAGAAUAGUAUUAGUGGCCAUGAUAGUAAUGGUAAUAGCUUUGGCCAUUUCUCUACAGACAGGAUGUUUGCUGAUGGACUGCCAGAAUCAGCCCAUAGUCCAUCUUCAAAUAGCUCCAACAAAAUCAUCGAAUCAAAUGUUAGCAAUACCAUUGGAGUUUCUUUAAAAGCAAAGAGAUCUAAUUAUUCUGCUGAAGAGGAAGCUACUCCAUGUCAAGAAGCAUCAAAGAAGCCUCGAGUCACAUCGCAAUCUUCGAGCACAUUCAUGCUUAAGCAGGUUAGAAAGGAAAAAUUAGGAGACAGGAUUUCAGCUCUACACAGAUUAGUGGCACCUUUCGGCAAGACUGAUACUGCAUCAGUAUUAACAGAAGCCAUUGGCUAUAUUCAGUUCCUUCAGGACCAAAUCCUGACAUUAAGCAUGCCUUACACGAAGUCAAGUCAAGGGAAUCUCCAUCAUGUAGACUUAAAGGAUUCAAGCAUAGACACGAAGUGUCAGCCAGUGCUAGAUCUAGAGAGUAGAGGAUUAUGCCUUGUGCCCACAUCUUUUACUUCUUACAUCACUUCUUCCUGCGAUUGAAACAUCGGAAAAAAAUGACUCCAUUGACUUCCAUGGAAGCAUAUGGUAGGACAAAUUGUACAGUUACUGUAACUUUUCAUGCCCAAAAUCAUGCAGAUAAUGUUUACCAUGGCAUAUAUGUUUAAUUUGCUAUCAAUAAUCGCUGAAAGAUUUAGAGCGGUUUUCCUUAUGGGCAUAUCCAGAUUCUUGAAGUAGUUCUCAUUUCAUCUA